AUGAUAUCCAACUUCAAAUCCAUCCCGGUCCUUGACCUAUCCCUCGCCAAGUCACCCGCAACCCGGCCACAGCUUCUCCAGGAACUCCAUUAUGCCCUCACCUCCAUUGGUUUCCUGUACAUCAAGAACCAUGAUGUUCCACAGGAAGCUAUCACAGACCUAAAGGGUGCCCUCCCCACACUAUUUACGCUCAGCCCGGCCCAAAAAGCGGAAGUGGCCUUACACAACUCCCCCCAUUUCCUAGGAUAUAGCCAAGUAGGCUCAGAAAUGACUGCCGGGGCCGAAGAUAAACGCGAACAGUUUGAAUUUGCAACCGAGCUGUCCGAUUCAUGGCGCGAGGGUCUCCCUCUUUACGAAAGGUUGAAAGGACCGAAUCAGUGGCCAUGUAAAGACCCAUGUCUUCGAAGCAUCAUCGAGAGAUAUAUCCACGAAUUAACAGAUCUCGCCGAGCGCUUCUUAUGUUUAGUCGCCGAAGCACUUUCCCUGGACCCGGAUACUCUCUUCUCAUUUCUCUCAGAGCAGCACCGUAUCAAGCUCGCUCAUUAUCCAGCCUCAGAUUCGAGUCUGGUCGAUACUCAAGGAGUCGGGCCGCACAAGGACUCAUCUGGAUGGUGGACGUUUCUUCUCCAAGCAUCCCCACCAACUGUGAAGGGGCUACAGGCUCUCGACAAAGCAGGCGAAUGGAUCGAUAUCCCCGCUAUCGAGGAUACAUUCGUGGUGAAUAUCGGACAAGCCUUCGAAGUAAUUACUCACGGUGUGUGCAAGGCAACGACACAUCGCGUAUUGUCAGGUCCGUUGGAGAGAUAUAGUGUGCCCUUCUUCCAGGGUGUGCGGGGGAAUCUGACAAAAGAGGAGGCACUUGAGACUCUAAGGGGCCAUUUUGCUAUGCAGAAGAUAUCUCUAGAGGCAGCAGAAGGAGUGAGCGUUGACUCCGCCUUUUUGAGAGGCAAGUAUGAUACCUGGGGCGAGUCGCAAUUGCGGACGAAAAUCCGGAGUCAUCAGGAUGUCGGGCGGAGAUUUUAUUCCAAUGCGUUUGAGGCUUAUAUCCAUGACGAUAUUUAA